AUGCCUGCCAAGAGAAAAUUGGUUGCUGAGGCUAACAUUGAGCUAGCCAGCGUGCCCUCGACGCUGCCUCCGUCUGUCGAAGAAGCCUACCGACGGAAGUGUGUCCAGCUGAAGAACCGCACAAACGAGGUCGAGGAUGCCAACGACGCCGCCAGGCUCCGGCUCGCCCGCAUAAAGCGCCAGGUCGAGAAGCUGAGGAUAGAAAGGGCCUUUCUGCUUGAGCAGCUGGCCAAGCGCACCAGCACAAACGUCGAAGACUCCGAGGGCAGCCCCAGUCCGCCUCCAACGGCAACCUCCUUCGAUAUCCCCAUUGAAUCGAAUGCUAACCCCCGAAAGCCCAAGGAUAAGCCGCUGCGCAUCAAGAAAGGUCACCGAAAGUCCAAUGCUCCAGCUGACGCCGAUGCCAAACAAAGCUCCGCAAAGGAGCCAACAUCCCCAGCGUCUGAGUCCAAUAGCCAGGCAAAGCGCUCUCGCGCCAACGGCGUGUCCAAGUCUUCCAAAGAGCCCAAGACUGCUUUUGAACUCUACUGCGAGGAGGCUCGGCCGGCGCUUGAAGUCAAGGACAAGGAGGAUAAGGAGGACAAGGAAGAUAAAGAUGACAAGGAUGACAAGGAUGACAAGGAUGAUACCGAGCUGAAUAUUGACGAGGAGCUCAAGCGUGACUGGGAUGAGCUACCGGAAACGGAGAGGGAAGAAUACCAGGCCAAGGCGGACCAACUGAAUAAAUCUCAAGAGGAGGAGGACAAGGCAGCCGCUGAUGCUGAUGCCGAUGCCGACGUCGAGUCUCCCAAGAAGAGCAGCGUCAAGGCCGAGCCCGAAGCUGAAAAGCCAGAGGCUGAGGCUCACGAUGACGAUAUUGAGAUGAGCAACUAUGACACCGAAGACCAGGAGACUCAGAUGGAUAAGGAUGGCGACGAGUAA